UUUUGAUUCACUAUUUUUCUCUUUUCCUCUCUCACUCGUCGAAGGGCCAGGUUCUCAUACUUAUAUACUUGCAAAAGAGUUGAGGCCAAUUUUGAAGAAAGAACAGCUGAUCUCGUGACAUCUCGAUCGUCUCGGUGACUGGUCACGCGAAUACACACACACAUAUUUAUGACAUACCCAGAGCUGGCAGGUAUACACCAUACACGCGUCACACGCACGUAUAAUACGUGUACACAAACACAGGCGCAAAAACGGAGCAUUUCGCAUUUCUCGCUCGGGCACUGCUUCGCUAUUUUAAGCAGUACAUGCAGUUUCCCACGUGCUUACGUGGAUGCGGGGGGCUCGUUGCUUAUGCUCGGCUGGUCGUGUGUGUCGUGUGCCGCAUCGUCGCAGACGCCAGCUCGUCGUUCUCACAUGAUUGUCGACGUGUUGAGAUGCGAUUAUAACCUGCGCGCAUACGAUCGUGAUUUUCGUCGACUCGUGUCCGUAGUAGAGCACUUUCAAAACAUAACGCCUGCACCCGUCAAAUAUCGGAGUCGGAUACGCGGUCUACAUUUUCGAAUUUUGAAAAUCGCUGCGUUGUCGCGUGUGCGUGCGUCCCUGCGUAUAUAUGGUAUGUGCGUUACGUGCUGCGUCGGCCGUGUCAUGCGAUAAAAGCUGCUGUGUGUGCUCUCGUACUUGAUAGUUUCUGUUAUUGUUUUGUGGUGCAUCGAUCUUGUUGAAAAAAAAUUAAAAUAAAAUAGUGCGCGCGAUCGAACGAGCGUGUGCAACGAUAAAGUAUGCAGCCACCGCCUCCGCCGCCCGCGUUGAAGCGGCCCAUGCCAGCCAGGAAUCCGCUGCUCACUGCGGCGGCCGACGACUUCAACUUCGGCGUGAAUCUGGUCGCGCCGCCACCCAGCGCGGUGCCAGCACCUCCUGCUGCUCCCGUUCCAGAUGAACCCGCACCGGCCGAGCUCGACAGCUUCAUCGGCCAAGGACCGCUCAAUGCCGCUCAGCAGCAGUAUAAUCCUCUGCUUCGGACUUACUCGCCCAGCGACUCGUCGGGCGCCUUGAAUCUCGCCGGUCCGCUUUAUCAUCAACAACAACAACAACAACUACCGCCGCAGCCGCAGCAGCAGCCACAACCUCAAAAACAGAGCUACUUCACGUCGAUACUGUCCUCCCUACCGAAUACCCUAACGAAUACCCUCGCAUCGGUGAUCGGCGACGACAGAUCGUCCUCGAACCAGUACCAGCAGCAACAGCAACAGCCGAACCCGAGUCCGCUCGAUCUGCAGCAGCAACCUCCGCAAUCGGCUUAUAGUAUCGGCAACCCUUACGGACAACAACAAUCGUCGGUAUUAGGCAGUGGCGCGGGCGAUUUCAAUGCGUCGCCGCUGCAGCCUCAGCCUCAGUAUCAACAAUUGUCGUCACCGACGCAGGCAACACCGCCCCCGCCUCAGCCCCAGGCACCACCAGCUGCUCUGCCGCCCAGUGGAGGCGCAGCCUCGUAUCGUCUCGGCAAUCUUCGACGUUUGAAGUACGCUCCACCGCCGGAUCUCGCCAGCCCGCAGCAGCAGCAGCAGCCGCCUCAGCCACAGCAACAUUUUCAAACGCCGAUAAUAACGUCGGUUUAUUCUCUGGCCCCGCAGCAGCAGCAGCAGCAGCAGCAUCAGCAGACACCCUCGCCGGCCCCGAUCAACUUUUACGAUCCCAAUGCACAGACUUCGACGCAAACCAGCGGCAUCGGCAGCACCAGCAGUCCCCUGAAUCCACAAUUCGGCGGACAGUUUUCCACCGAUUCAGCCGCGCCUCAAGCGAAUAUCUUCAAUCCUAGCUUGAAUUCGACCCCUGCGCAAACGACCGGUCAUCAAUACCAGCAACCGCCACCGACGAGUGGCGUCAGUGCGCCGCUGAUCACUCACGCUCAGACCGCAGUGGCCGCGGCCUCUUUUUACAAUAGCAAUACUCAACCACCACCGACUGGUUUUCGUCACUCGUCCGCGAGCUCGAGCCCGUUCGAGUCGUUCGUUACUCAAAAACCGGCCCAGGCGACGAGCCCCUUGAUCUUCAACCCUACGCAGCAGCAGCAGCAGCAGCAGCAAACGUCGUCCCUUCCGGAAUUAUUCAAUCCCUCGCCCGUGACUCAAGUUUCGAGCCAGCAGCAACAGCCCGCAACGACACCGACUCCUCCUACCACCUCGGUAGCAUCUGCAUUCUCUGCUCCACCGCCGACCAUCUUCAAUCCGACGAUCGUCCCGGACUCGCAGAAUCAGCAGCAGCAGCAGCAGGCUACGGACGAUUCCAAACCGAGCGAUCCGAGCCCAGCAGCUUCGGUCUCGUCGACCGAAAAAGAAUCUUCGCAGUCGUUUUUCAAUCGAGAUCAGCAGCCCUCGAUUGUCUCGAAUCAACAACAGCAACAACAACAACAACAACAGCAACAACAGCAACAACAGCAACAACAGCAACAACAGCAACAACAGCAGCAACAACAACAACAACAACAACCACAACAGAUCUCUUUCCCCGACUUCUAUACCCCAAGCGCGCCACAGGCCGAGAGCUUUAUCGAGCAGCAGCAAUCCGUCUCUCAAGCUUAUAACAAUCCAGGCUUCACCGUCGCGAGGGUACGGUCGACUCCUUCGCCUCUGAACAGUUUCGAAGACAGCAGCGCCGAGUCGCGUUCCAACGCCUCCGCUCCUCUCGCGAUACCCACCUCGAGAUCGUCGCAGCAGCUCGAGCCGGCGACGCCUCAGAACACACCGGCCGACGUCGCUUUCUACGGAUUCAACGUGUUCAAGCAUCAACAGCCGCUACCGCAUCAUUAUCAGUAUCAACCGAUCUCGCCCUACAACAGGUUCGUCGUUGAGUCGAGCAACGCUCCGACGUCCAAGUCCGACUCGGCCUCGCUUCAGCCGUCCGAUCCGUCGACGCCCGGCUCGGACAGCACGUUCACUCCGAUAUCCGCGGCCAAGGUCACGGAAAAGCUAGAGAAUCUCAUUCUCUACGAGCAGAGCGACGACGCCCUAUCCGUGAAAUCCGAGCUCUCGUCCGAGGUGGCAGCUAUAACCGCUGGCAUCGCCGAUAACAACAAGCCCGAGGAAAGCAGCAGCGUUACCGAAGAGCUAACGGAGAUCGAUCUUACCGCGACUUCGUCGGCGACCAACGAGAUCGACUCGUCGGAAAUUCAGACGAGCUCGGUGCAGCAGCAGCAGCAGUUGCCAGAGGAGCAACAGACGUCGUUGGACUUGUACUCGGUACCACCACCGACGGAUUUCUUCUCUGCCUCCUCCUCAGCUCAGAGCUAUCCAGCAGCGUUGUUCCAACCCGAGCAGCAGCAGCAGCAGCAACCGGCGGCGGUCGAUCCGUUUUCCUUCGUGCAGCAGUCGCAGCAGGCCCCCCAAGAGACGACGAACGAUCGGACAGAAACGAGUUCCGUUCCAAGUGAAAACGUUGACCUGCGACCUACGCCGCAGUCCAUUUGGUCUACUAGCGAACAGUCUCAUACACCUUUGCAGCAGAGUCACUCGGCAGUUUUGAAUCCCGUAUACGGCGCGCCGAUUCACCAAUCCGUGCCCACCUUCUACAAUCCGAAUCAAUUCGCUCAGACCCAACAACCGCCGUUCCAAUCCAGCAGCAACAGUAGCACCGACGGCAAACCACAACACCCCCAGAACAUCGCCGCCCCCGCCACGCCGAAUUACUUCCAGCCGGCGUCUAUUCAGGACAGCUUCAAUGUGCGUCCCGAGCCCACUGGCUCGGCUACCCUCAGCCCGGUGCAGAUGUCAGCGAAUCCGCUGACGGCAACGCGCAGCAGCAGCAGCAGUAAUCAACAUCAACAAUACCCGGUGGAGACCGUACCGCCGAGCCUGGAGAAUUUAGCCGAGGGCGACAGACGCUACCGAGCCCAGGAAAUGGAGUACCGCGCGGUCUAUCACCACUGGUUCUAUAGGCGCGAGAUCGAGGCCAAGACGCUCUGGCUGCCCUUCUCCAUGCACGACAGUCUCAAUCUCGACGAGGUGCACAACUCCAACGAGAUCGGGCCCGAGACCAAGGUCGCCACCGACGGCGGCCGCUACGACGUCGAAAUUUUGAGACGUCAACGUUCGCCCGUCUACUGGACCGGACCCGUGACGGAGGUGCGUCGCUGCUCCUGGUUCUACAAGGGCGCGGCCGAGUCGCGCUACACCCCCUACGAGGAGAACGUCGCGGCCCGCCUCGAGGACGAGUACAAGCAGGCCCACCAGGCCAAUCACUGGAAUCGUCGGGUCGAGCUCAACAACGGCGAGUACAUCGUGUUCCACAGCCCGAGCGUGAUGGUGCACUACCAGCAGGCCACGACGCCCGACAUGGCCGCCUCCUGGGGCAACAACGCGAGCUCUGAGGACGGCACAUACUUGCAGGGCUCGACGGUGAGGCCGCGCGUCGUCAAGCGCGGCAUGGAUGAGUUCAACGUCGACGACGGCGAGCCCGAGAAGAUCGACCAUCUUUUGUUUCUCGUUCACGGCAUCGGCAGCGUGUGCGAUCUCAAGUUCCGCACCGUCGAGGAAGUCGUGGACGAAUUCCGCAGCGUGUCGCUGCAGCUCGUGCAGUCGCACUAUCGCAGCUCGAGUGAGCAGGGCAUCGUGAAUCGCAUCGAGGUGCUGCCGAUCUCGUGGCACGCCACCCUGCACUCGGGCAUCGACAAGAAGCUCCAGAUGAUCACCCUCGAGAGCAUACCCAAGCUGCGCCACUUCACCAACGACACCCUGCUCGACAUACUGUUCUACACGAGCCCGAUCUACUGCGAGACGAUCAUGCAGACGGUGGGCAGCGAGAUGAAUCGUCUGUACGAUCUGUUCAGGAGCAGAAAUCCCGAGUUUCAGGGUAGCGUGUAUCUGGGCGGUCACUCGCUCGGCAGCCUGAUCAUGUUCGAUCUGCUGUGUCAUCAGAAGCCGAUGGACGACGACGAGGACGACGAGGAGCAGCAGCAGCAGCAGGGAGUCAACGGACAAUCAACAGCGGACGGUCACAAGGACACCGAUGACAAUACGCAAGAAACGAGUGUCGCAACCAAGUCGACGAGAACGAAGAAGCUCAGCAAGAAGGUCAGCUACGUAAUGGGCAACGCCGGCACGGGCCAGCCCUUCAUCAAUUAUCCCCAGCUGCAGUUCAAGCCGCAGGCCUUCUUCGCCUUGGGCAGCCCGAUCGGCAUGUUCGUGACGGUCCGAGGGAUAGACAAUCUCGGCGAGGACUUCACUCUGCCCACGUGUCCGGCCUUCUUCAACAUUUUCCAUCCCUUCGAUCCGGUCGCCUACAGAGUCGAGUCGCUCAUCAAUCCCGAGGCGCACAAGUACCGGCCCAUGCUGAUACCUCAUCACAAGGGCAGAAAGCGCAUGCACUUGGAAUUGAAAGAGACGAUGGCCAGAGUCGGUGCCGAUUUGAAGCAGAAACUCAUCGAUUCCGUACGAAGCACCUGGAACUCGGUGUAUCAGCUGGCCAUGUUCCAUCGUCAAGACAAUCGAACGCUGCUGGAGCAAGAGAUCGAGAAGGUCGUCGAGGAGCAGUUGAGCAAUCCUCCCGCCGAGUCCAUGCAUCUCGGGGACGACGCCGGAGCCGACGUGAAAAUUGGAAAAUUGAACGGCGGCAGAAGAAUCGAUUACGUGCUGCAGGAGGCUCCCUUCGAGUACAUCAACGAGUACAUAUUCGCACUGACGAGCCACGUCUGUUACUGGGAAUCCGAGGAUACCAUGCUGUUGAUUCUCAAGGAGAUCUACGGCUCCAUGGGUAUUCAAACGGACGCUCAGCUGCCUCAGCAGAGUCUGUCGAUCGAGAGAGUGUCGACCCCGACGCUUCCGACGUCUCCGGCCGGCAGCAGUCUGGCGACGUCGCCGACGACCGUCGCCCCCUCGGCGACCCCUUACGGCAUCGAUCCGACGGCUCCGAUGUCCACGAAACCGGUCGGGCCUCCGCCGCGCGUUGGUUUCGUCAGAAAAUCGUGAUGACUCGGUGCGAACGCGAGCGCCGCAAACGUGUCAACCCUCCAGUCGAGCGUGUAACGCGUGAAUGAAUAAAUAUCAUUAUUGUGAUUCGUCGAAUCAAUUAUAUUUAUCGAUGUAAUGUAUUUAUUAUUAUUAUCGUUAUAAUUUUUUACAAAAAGAACCAGGCUGCCUAUAAAGAGUUAUCGAUGAAAAUGUUUACGUCAAUGUUGAAAAAAUUAAGACGAAAAAAAGAUUGUUAAUUACCAUUUUAAGAGAGAGGUUUGUUCAGUUUCUGAAACUUAUCCUUAUGUAACUGCGCGUUGUUUUACACUUAAUUGAAAUUUGUAUGUAGAAUGAUAUUGUGUUUGUGCAAUAUAUCGGUGAAAAAAUAACUAUUAGUAAACUUUAAUGGAUUAUGCAUUUAAUGUCAUUGUGUCACAUUUUAAGAAAUGCCUGAUACACCUUUUUUGUGUUUAUUUCAGUGAAAUGCUAUUUUAAAUUUCUGUCAAUCAUGAAUUACUGUUGCAUCAAGAGAUAUUGUAUAUUAUUACUAUGAAACCUUUUUGUAAUUGAUUUUUCCACAAAUAUAUAGAAUUUUUCAGUUAAACUAUUUAUUAAGAUUGUUAAUAUUGUAUCAUGUAAGAUUGUAAAAGUACCUUUUAGUACUGAAUACUGAGAUGAAUUUGAAUGUGCGUUUGAAAUGAAUCAAGAAUGUUCAUAAAGGCUAAAAAUAAAAUAAAUAAAUUUUUAAUUACUUAUAGAGUAUAUACAAAAAAAGUGUCAACUGUGUUGUACGAUCACAUGAAAAAUUCUAUUUUCUUAAGAAGUACUGAAUAAUGGCAUUCAGUCAUAAAGUUAAUUUAUAGAAUUGAUUUAUUGAGAUAUAUUAUGACAAUUUAAUAAAAAAUAUAUUCUUGAAAA